UUCUUGGUGGUUGCUUUCUUGUUCGCAGAUGAUUCCAGUCGCUGCAAAUGAUGUGGCUUUCUCAGCACAUGCUGUUCUACUGACGGCAAUUACUUUGUUUCAAGUUCUCAUCUAUGAUCGUGGAAAUCAAAAGCUCUCAAAGACUUGUAUCACAAUCACAUGUGCUGUCUGUGUUUCUGCUGCAGUCUGUGUGUUUGUAGCGGUGCCAAACCAUUCAUGGCUUUGGCUAAUAUCUGUCUUUAACACAAUACAAGUCAUCAUGACAACCAUCAAAUACAUUCCCCAGGUUAGAGUUACCUUAUGAUUUGUUCGGCAUACCUUAAGGAACUCUCUGCUGU